GCGUGCCUUGCGCGUUCACGUGCCCAAUACAGUAUGCCCGCUAGAGGCAGGAGAGGCAGGUACAACCGCAUUGACGAUGUUCAGAGGCGAAAGAUCAUCGAGUCUAUCUUCGUUGAAGGCAAAACGUUUGCAGAGACUGCAGUACGCUAUGGCUUUCCACGCAGUACUGUGCACAAGCGUUCGAGGCUUAUGACUCAAGAGACGACCAAGAGGAGAGGAGGCAAUGUCAAGAGCCGUGUUUGUCGUGAGGAACUUGGGGGGCAGGGGAAUCUGAUUGAUGCAAUCAACCGGGGUCUUUUGCGGAUCACUGCCAAGGAUGGAUUAGAGAGGUGACACGAAACUUCGGCAAAGCUAAUGGGGGCGAAGUUCUAGGUCGACAGUUUACGGGUGCAGCAGGCCGUGAUUCGGGAGCAGCAGUCCCGUGAUUCAGACGCAUGUGACUAACAUGCAAAAUCGCUUCACUAAAUUGAUAUUUUUGUUCGUCCCGAUGGUGUCCACAGAAUCUCAAAUCGGUUGACUGCUGUACGAAAUGGGGUUUCGGUAAUACUAAUUUGUUAAAUCAAUCUGCCUAACUCUG